GGGACCGCUCAAACGGAAGUGAAGCGUGGCACAUGCGCAGUGACGACGAGGAGCUUGCGAAAAAGUAAGGGCCGGGCGGCCAGCUGCGCUCGCUUCCGGAAGUGGCUCCUGAGACAGCAUGCUUGCGGAGCUCGGUUUAAUCGGGACCAUUGGCGAAGAUGACGAGGUGCCAGUGGAGCCCGAGUCUGACUCCGCAGACGAGGAGGAGGAGCCCAUCGUGCUGGGCAAAAAGCAGAAAGCCUUGCAGAAGAACCGCAGUGCUGAUUUCAACCCAGACUUUGUUUUCACUGAGAAAGAGGGGAUGUAUGAUGGCAGUUGGGCGCUCGCUGAUGUCAUGAGCCAGCUCAAGAAGAAGAAGGCAGCCACUACCCUAGAUGAGAAGAUUGAGAAAGUUCGAAAGAAGAGGAAAACAGAGGAUAAAGAAGCCAAGUCCCAGGGGUUGGAGAAGGAGAAAGAAGCGAAGGAGGGCUCCGAACCGGAGGAGCAGGGAGACCUUCAAGGGAAAGAUGAGAAGGGCUCAGAGGAUGAGGAAUCAGAGACUGACUACUCAUCUGCUGACGAGAGCAUCCUCACCAAAGCAGAUACACUCAAAGUAAAGGAUCGGAAGAAGAAGAAGAAGAAAGGACAGGAAGCAGGAGGAUUUUUUGAAGAUGCCUCUGAGUAUGAUGAAAACCUCUCAUUCCAGGACAUGAACCUUUCCCGUCCUCUUCUGAAGGCCAUAACAGCCAUGGGCUUCAAGCAGCCCACCCCGAUCCAGAAGGCGUGCAUACCUGUGGGUCUGUUGGGGAAGGACAUCUGUGCCUGUGCAGCCACUGGGACAGGUAAAACUGCUGCUUUUGCCCUGCCCGUCUUGGAGCGUCUGAUCUACAAGCCCCGCCAGGCCCCAGUGACCCGCGUGCUGGUGCUGGUCCCCACCCGAGAGCUGGGCAUCCAGGUGCACUCUGUCACCAGGCAGCUGGCCCAGUUCUGCAACAUCACCACCUGCCUGGCAGUGGGUGGCCUGGACGUGAAGUCUCAAGAAGCAGCUCUUCGGGCCGCGCCGGACAUCCUCAUCGCCACCCCAGGUCGGCUUAUCGAUCACCUCCACAACUGCCCUUCCUUCCACCUUAGCAGCAUCGAGGUGCUCAUCCUGGACGAGGCUGACAGGAUGCUGGACGAGUACUUUGAGGAGCAGAUGAAGGAGAUCAUCCGAAUGUGCUCCCACCAUCGCCAGACCAUGCUCUUCUCGGCCACCAUGACGGACGAGGUGAAAGACCUGGCUUCGGUCUCCUUGAAGAAUCCCGUCAGGAUAUUUGUGAACAGCAACACCGACGUGGCUCCCUUCCUGCGGCAGGAGUUUGUCCGGAUCCGGCCUAAUCGGGAAGGGGACCGAGAAGCCAUCGUGGCAGCUCUGUUGACGAGAACCUUCACCGACCAUGUGAUGCUGUUCACGCAGACCAAGAAGCAGGCCCACCGCAUGCACAUCCUCCUGGGGCUCAUGGGGCUGCAGGUGGGUGAGCUCCAUGGCAACUUGUCACAGACGCAGCGGCUGGAGGCCCUUCGGCGAUUUAAGGAUGAACAGAUUGACAUCCUCGUGGCCACUGAUGUCGCAGCCCGUGGACUUGACAUUGAGGGGGUCAAAACGGUAAUCAACUUCACGAUGCCCAACACCAUCAAGCAUUACGUCCACCGUGUGGGGCGGACAGCACGUGCUGGCAGGGCCGGCCGCUCUGUCUCUCUGGUGGGGGAAGAGGAGCGGAAGAUGCUGAAAGAGAUUGUAAAAGCUGCCAAGGCCCCUGUGAAGGCCCGGAUACUCCCCCAGGAUGUUAUCCUCAAAUUCCGGGACAAGAUUGAAAAAAUGGAGAAAGAUGUGUAUGCAGUUUUGCAGCUGGAGGCGGAGGAAAAGGAGAUGCAGCAGUCAGAAGCGCAGAUCAAUACAGCAAAGCGGCUCCUGGAGAAGGGGAAGGAGGCAGCAGACCCAGGGCCUGAGAGGAGCUGGUUCCAGACCAGAGAGGAGAGGAAGAAGGAGAAAAUUGCCAAGGCUCUGCAGGAGUUUGACUUGGCCUUAAGAGGAAAGAAGAAAAGGAAAAAGUUUAUGAAGGAUGCCAAGAAAAAGGGGGAGAUGACAGCGGAGGAAAGGUCCCAGUUUGAAAUUCUCAAGGCGCAGAUGUUUGCUGAGCGACUAGCCAAGAGGAAUCGCAGAGCCAAGCGGGCCCGAGCGAUGCCCGAGGAGGAGCCAGCAGGAGGCCCUGCCAAGAAGCAAAAGCAGAGGAAGAAAUCUGUAUUUGAUGAAGAACUCACCAACACAAGCAAGAAGGCCCUGAAACAGUAUCGAGCUGGCCCUUCCUUUGAGGAAAGGAAACAGUUGGGCUUGCCCCACCAGAGACGAGGAGGAAACUUUAAAUCUAAAUCCAGAUACAAGAGGAGGAAGUAGCCAAGGAUGCCUGAAGAAGUUCGAGGGGCAGCCCUUAAAUCCCUUCCCUGUGGGAAGUCACCUGGCUUGGUCUGUCUUUUCUCCGUUUGUAAGAAAAAAAAUUUUAAGGCUGUUAUUUGUGCAUUAAAAAAAAUAGUUGGGAAUGGUGAUGGUAUGUAGCUGUUUCUGUAACAUGUCUAUCCAUCAGCCAAGGCUCCCUUCUUGCUGAUUAGCUUUCAUAUAACUGAUAUACCAAAUGGAAGCUGUAUAUUUUUGCGGGGCAGGAAAAAAAACAAUCUAAUUAUGUAUCUUC